GAUGGAUUGAAUGUACGUCAAAACUUGAAGUUUUGCGCUACGGAAAUAAUGUUUAAUCAGGGUUAUCACAUUUUAGCUGAGCUGCAAGUUAUUUAGUUGACUUUCUAAACCCUUCACUUAUUAUAGGAGCCUUCUCAAACUAAAGCACCCAUCUGGCGUAUUUGUUAGUCCAUGCGAAGAUGACCUUCUCAAAUGGCUUGGAUUAAUAUCAAUCCGCAGUGGGUACUAUUUUGGAGGAGUGUUUAGUUUCGUUCUACUGCUCCCAGAUGAUUUUCCGUCUAUCAAGAUGCCGAAACUAUAUUUACCUGAAGGGUUUUAUCAUCCUCAUGUGGAUUGUGUAACUGGGGAAGUAAAUCUCUGCAUGGAAUUUCCUGUAUGGAAUCCAAAUAAACAUCAUAUUUGGCAUCUGCUCCACUAUUUUAAGCGAAUGUUAACGAGUCCUACAAGUAUCGUGACUUCAUCACUGGCUGACCAAACGGCGUGUAUUAGAGAUAUGAGAGAUGUGAAAUAUGCUAAUUCAAAAGCAGCUAAUGCAUUGAUUCACCAUCCGGAAGAAUAUGAUAAUGAAGCUAAAUUUUGUGUCACUAAACUCUCUGUAUGGUCAGGAUCGACUCAAAAUAUCCCUUCAUUAAAUGUUUCUGGAUGGACAAGUGACAGUUUAUUAAAUGAUGCUCGAAAUAUGUUGCAGAAGUGUAACGAUUGUAAGCUGAAUGAAGAUAUUGUAAGUCAAGGAUUUUCAUGGAUUGAUCCGAAAAGUAUGUCCAUUUUUGCAAGUGAAUCAGCUACAAAAUUGAACUCUUCACCGGACGCGUAAAACCGUAAAGUUGUACACAUUGUUGUUAUUAUUUUCUUUCACUAGCAUUCUCCACAGCUUAUUCCAUAUCGCAACAUUUUAAAUGUUUUUGUUUUUUAAUUGUAUAUAACAAAUAAUAGUAGUAUUAUUGAUAAUUUACUGAUUUAAUUAUAAUACUGACUAUGAAUUUAGAUAAACUGUUAUCUGUAAUGCUAUCUUUUUCUGGAACCGUGUAUAUCGUGUUAAUGCAGCUUUCACUUGUGAUUUUAUCAUCGUUGUUUUUAUAUCUUCUUCACGGUGAGGCUUAAUUAAUUAUUUAUUUUUUGCCUUUAAUUUAAUAAACCGUAUUUGUUUAUA